CACAAUACUAGCUCAUAACGGAGACUUCAAAGCAUGUAAACGUUACAUAAGGCUUGCAAAAAUGAAAGUAAAAUUGAAACUGAUACAUAUAUAACGGUUCGGGUGUGGGUCUGAUUUUAGUAGCUUCAGCUGAGACAAACCAGCUGUGUUCCAGGAUAGAGCUGAUAUAAAUAUAUUGAGAAAAAAGAGAAAAAAGAUAACCACUAAUGUUCAAUCCAGUGCAACUGCCAUCAAAUGCAGAACUGGAUAAACAAUGGAGGAGAUUUGACUGGGGACAGAAGAAAUACAUAAAAGAAAAGCUGGAGAACUUCUGUCCGAGUCAUCCAGAUGUAAAGGACAUCAAGAUCCUGGUAACUGGACCAGUUGGAGGAGGAAAGUCCAGCUUUAUUAACUCAGUCGAUAGCGCUUCUCUGGGACGCAUCUCCUCCAGAGCAUUGGUUGAUUCAGAUAUUUGUGGUCCUGUUUUCACUCAAAAACUCAAAGGAUUCCCCAUCAGAAGUGAGAAAAAAAGAUUGCCCUUCAUCCUCAAGGAUGUCAUGGGUUUGCUUUCUGAAGCAUUUGAAGGGCCACAACCAGAAGACAUCAUCAAUGCUGUGUUUGGUCACGUGAAGGAUGGCUAUAAAUUCAACGAAAAGCAGCCACUCAAUUUUAAGGAUCAACAAUUCAACUGUGACCCCAAACUCUCUGACCAGUCUUUCUGCCUGGUUUACGUCAUAUCCGCAAUUACAGUCCAAUACACAGAUGAUCGUCUUAUUGACAAGAUGAAGCUCAUCCGCCAGAGAAUCAGUGAAAAGGGGAUUCCUCAAGUGGUUAUCAUGACUCAAGUGGAUAAUGCAUGUUUACUUGUCAACAAUGAUCUACGGAAGGUCUACAGUAGCAAGAAUAUUAAGGAGAAGAUGGAGUUGUGCAGUGCCAAAUUGGGUGUGCCAUUGACAAACAUCUUCCCAGUGAAGAACUACCAUAAUGAGAUUGACACAGAGGAUGACAUUGAUGUUCUGAUACUAAAGGCAUUUGAACAGAUUGUUCAACUUGCUGACGAUAGAUUGAAGGAUAGUGAAAAUUACUGACAAACGUAAGUAAGAAAAGCAAAGUUGUAAAAUCAAGGAAGACUAAGAUUCUGCACUUUUUUAGCUCAUUAAAUAUGAGCAUCUCCCCCUCAUUAAUAACAUUAAAACUAUUAAAUUACUAUAUAAAUAUGGGAACAAUGCAGUGACUGACUAAAUCCUAUUUAAUCUUGAAAUGUUUGUUGCAUGGAGGUGGAGUUCAGCCCGGGUGUCUGGAGCAAUUUGUACAAUCUGAAUGAGAAGAUGUAAUUCAGCUAUCUUGAAACUCAUGUUGAAACUGAUUUUCUUCUUCUUUGCAUUUCACCUCUGCUUUAGUUUGUUUCCCUGUCUUUUAUUUUAAUAAAUCUGGCUUCACUAUGAAUAUGAUUGCAAAAUCAAGUCAACUUUUGAACUUGCUAACUUUGAACAUAUUUUUUUAGGAAUAUUUAGAGGAACUAGAGGAUAUUUAGAAAUCUAACAAUGUUCUGCCAAAAUUCAAUUUUAUGCAUAUCGAACUAUGCAUGGCAGAAAUGUUUAUCCUGUGUACAUCCUCAUAUUUACUCGAAGUGUCAGGAUUUGUGCUCAAGCUCUUGUUGUGAUGGUUCACAGUCUCUCCUCGAUUAAAGACUGCUAAACAUUC